UUCACAUCUUUUACAUUGUUGUUAUUCAUUUUUAUUAUGAACAAAGUAGAUGAGCUCAUUGGCAAAAUUGCGCGAAAUGUACACGGCCUAUAACGCCAAACGAGACUAUUCAAUUUGCAGAAGAUAAUUUAGAACAAUAUUUAUCACCCUUAAUUGCAUUUGUUGUACAAUAAACAACGAACAUAACCUGUAAAAUCCAACUGUAUGACGUUGAACAUUCAUUGAAAUAAGUAGCAGGUCGUGCACGAAAAACGGUCUAACAGAAUUUAUUUUCAAUAAUCAAUUCACAAGCCGCAAUCCCUGACAGGUAGCAACAAUGGAAAGUAUGCGGAAUUUAAUGUGGACAAGAAAGAAAAAAACUGUUGAAACUGAGGAAUUUCCAGUUAAAGAUCCAUCAAAAUAUCUAUGGGAAAAGGACAAAGACAGUGAUCAAUAUAUUGAUCUUUUUAGUAUCGCAUUAGAAGAUGAGGUAAAAAAUGAAGUCGAGGAAGAAUUCGAAGAGUUAACCCAGAACCCAGAUCGCAAAGAAAAUGCAAAAUCAAAAAAUUAUCGAGAUAUUGGACACACUAUAGUUGACCCAUUUGUUGCAUUGAAUACUUACAAUAAGAGUUUACGAUACGCAGAAAUCGGUUCGAGACAUGUCUCUUUGGCAUAUGCAAAUAGAGCAUCGUGUUUUUAUGAAUUGACAGAAUACAAAAAAGCGUUCGUGAGCAUUAAUAUGGCGAAAGAAGAUGUACAUUUUCCGACAUUUUUGCUGGCAAAACUUGCAGAAUUAGAAGAGAAUAUUAAAGCAAGAUUCAGAGAGAAGCAUGAAAAGGAGAUUGAAGAGGUGGGAGAUCCAACGGAAGUGAGACGCGAAUUGGCUUACGCGGCCAACAAAAAACAUCCAUGUUUGUCUGAUGUGGUGAAAAUCAAAGAGAGCAAACAAUAUGGUCGAUACAUAGUUUCUAAGUAUAAACUUCCAGCUGACCAAAUAAUUUUGAUUGAAGAAGCCUACUUACAUGCGUUUGAUACUGAAAGUCUCCGUUCAUGUGGCACUUGCUUAACGGAAGAUGUAAAUUUUAUUGCAUGCGAAGGAUGCACAGAGACAAUGUUUUGCAACAAGGAGUGUCAGGCUCGUAACGAAUUACACAAAUGGGAAUGUAAUACCUUUUUAACAAGCGUUAUUCAUCAAAUUAGAAUUGCCAUUUAUUCAAUUCUAUUGGCCAUUGAUGCAUUCACAACAAAUGGCGAAACAGACGUGAACGAACUCAUUCAAGGCGUGGAAAAACUGUACAAAGAAAAAGAAAAAAAACAAUACCCCGAAUCAACGCUUGACUCGAAAUCAAAAUAUCAAUUCUUCUUUAAAUUAGCUAUUUCAGGUCUUGAUCCCGAACGAGCUGAAUUGGUCAUCCGAAUAAUUUAUAUGAUUUUUUUGAUGGUGCUGAAAAUACCAAAAAAUCAAUCUUUGUUUGUAGAUGAAAAAAGUCGUCGUUUUCUCCAGCAUCUGAUUACUCAUCAUAUUUGUGUUAUCAAUACCAACUCAUUUGGUGAAGAGAAUUCAACAACUUUGGGACUGGUUGAAUCGUUAUUCAACCAUUCCUGCGCACCAAGUAUUAAUCGUGAACUUAUUUCAAACGAGCAAUAUUAUUACACAGGCAAAAAGGUGCAAGAAGGAGUUCAACUGUUCAUCACAUACCUUAACCUUGAAGCCUAUAAGGAUAAAUCUGUUCGUCAAAAAAAGCUAAGAGAAAAUUGGUGUUUUGACUGUAAUUGUAUUGUAUGUGCACCAAAAGAGCCUUCGCUAGCUGACAAGUGUAAUUCUGCACUUAUGACCAUAUUGUAUAAUCAGUUUGAGAGAGAAUUUGAAAAUGUUUCACAUGUAGACACAGUUGUAGACACAUUUGAAGACUCAGCAGUAGAUAGAUCUGAAAAUGAAGCAAUUGAAAUGCUAGAGGUUACAGCUGAUGACAAUUCAAGAAUGAAGUUCAGUUUAGAAGAAUGAAGUAUUAUGUAAAGGAGAAUUGAGCAAUAAAAAAAUCUUGAAAUAUCA